AUGUCGUCUGGGCUGCGGCGAAGUGACAUCAGCAAGUGGUGCUCCGAUGCUAGCACUGCUUGCCGCUCCGCGUUUGACCUCACAGUGAGCUGUGUAGGCUCGAAGGGUAGUCUUAUCAUCGCCGGUGCAAAGGCUUGCUUCAUCAAGCCCAAUGGGGAGAUAACCGCCAUGCCGCUGUCCUGGCGUUUGCGCUUGGCCGUGUUGGCUGCGCUUCGCAUCACUGCACGGGCGGCCGCUUCACCUGCUCUCCGGGCAACCGCUCGCCAAGCUACAGCCGAUGGAUCUUCACAGGCCGACUUCCUCAAGAUCUUGCGCCGAAAGACUGCAACGCAGGAGCAGGCCGCAGCCGCUGUGGAAGGACUUCGCGCCGGCGGGUACUUGGGCGGCGUGCGCGGCUACUCCUCUGCGAUUGUGGCCUCCAGAAGAGGGCGCAAGUGGGAGCUCGCGAUCCACCUCUUUGAUGAGAUGCUGGAGCAGGGGUUACGGCCCAGUGCCUCGGCUUUUACGGCCGCUGCCGACGCCUGCCAGGAAGGCGACCAGCCCGAGCUCGCCGAGCGCGUUCGCGAGGCGGGCGCGGUGCCGGCAGCCAAGAAAGCCAAGAAGGCUUCCGGCAAAGUCGUGCAGCCAUCUGCAUCUUCCGGGACGGUUCUAUACUCCAAGGGUGCGCUCUGCACUCGCUUCCGACAGAAGGAAGCCUCGGCCGAGAGGCUGGCGGAGGCCGCAGAGCUUCUGCGAUCUGGAGGCCACCUCGAGGAGACGCUCAGUUACACAACUGCCUUGCGAAACUGCCACGGGCCGAGUCCAGUCUGGUUUCCGGUGACAGGCACUGAGCCUCCUGGGAGAGAUGACGGGGCGAAGCGCAUGGGCCCCAAGCUUCGCAGUGUCUCCUCCUCUCGAAGCCACAUGGCCCGCAGAGCAUUUACAGCUUACGCAUGGCUUCUCGAUGCCUCGCGACACUGGUUCUGGCCAGCCUUGAUUAGCGCAUGUCUUGGCUGGCGAGCGUACGGUGGGACGUUGGGUCGGGCGCAAACGCUUGAAGCUGUUCCUGGCGAUGCUCGACCGCCGAAGGUCGAAGAGGCCCCUCCCAGCGGAUCUUGCCAGCGCCCUGUUCAUAUCCUGGACAUGAUCUCCUUGGAGCCAUCAAGCGCUGAUCUGCUAUCAAGUCUGGAUUUUGUUCAGGCUUGGAUGCUGCGAACGGUGUGCCGUCAAAUGCAAGACUGGCUCAGCGAAAAGGCCAUGUUGACCCGAAUGCCGUCCAAGCCGGACAUGCAGGUGAAGAUCUCCGAGGACAGUCGGAACUUGGCCCCAACCGCCAAAAUAUUUGUGAGUGUCCUGGCCUUUCCUCAACUCUUGGAGCAAGCGGAUUGUGCCGGGCAGACGCUGCUUAUGCGCGCAGCCCAUCUCGGAAUCCCCAGGCUCUGCAGGGCCCUGCUGGCUGCCAAAGCUGCAGUGGAUGCACGUGGGGGCAACGGAUGGACGGCCCUUCACUAUGCGGCCACCGGCAAGUCCUCAGAGACGUGCCGGCUGUUGUUGGACCACGGUGCCGACGUAGAAGCACGUUCACGUGAUGGUCACACGCCCUUCUACUACGCCUAUCGCGCUGGCGAUGAGAAGUCGAUCAUGGAGGUGCUCCAUGCUCGAGGGGCGAGGCCCGACCUGAGGUCGCAGAAUGCCUGCGGGACCGCUGACUGUGGCUACCUGAGGAGACAGUUCGAGCUUGUUGUGCAGACCAUUUCCGAUGCCAGCAUUCAUCGAUACACCAUGCUCGACGUAGAGCAGGAUGUGGUGACCUUCAAUGUGGCCGUCGCAGCACUGGGUCGAGGCCAGCAGUGGGAGCGAUCCCUUUGCUUGCUCGACGGCAUGCCAGCUGCAGACAUCGAGCCUGACUUCGAGACCUACCAGGCGCUGUCCCUGGCCUGCAGUCGAAACGGCGAGUGGGAGAAGGCCCUCACCUUCUUGGCCACGGCGCAAGAGCUCGGGGUGGCAAACAGCGAGUCCUGGCACAUCGGCAUGAUGGCCUGUGCCGGAGCUGGUGCCUGGGAGGCAACCCUGGAGAUGCUGGAGUGCGCGGGCACCCCGCAGUCUCCGAAAGAUGUCUCUCGCGAUCUCAUGUGCUACGGCGUGGGGUUGUAUGCUUGUAUGGAGGCAGGCCGCUGGCCACAGUGUCUGUCCCUGCUGGAGCAGAUGCGCUUAGAGGAGGUCGAACCCGACAGCAUUGCACUGGCCUGUGCAGCUCAAGCCUGCCGCGAUGGCAGGAACAGGCAGGCUGCGGAUGAGAUCCAGGACGAGAUGCGCCAGCGCAAGCUCGACUACAACGUAGCGGAGGUCCUGAACGAGGCCACCCUCGCCGUAGACUUCCCCGAGGUACGAAGUCCAGUGCCCUUGGGAGCUUUGAGGCCCAUGGCGCAGAAGGAGGUGCAGCUCUUCAAGUGGAUCAGGCAGCGAGCCACUCCCGGAGACGUGCAGUCCGUGAUCAAGGUGAUCGAAGAGUUUGCAGAGGAGCGGAGUUGGCUGAAGAUCCAGGGGGAGCAGAAGAAAGAGCUCCUGGAGGCGACCCUGCGGCCCGAGGACCGCAUCGUUGAGUUUGGCUGUUACGUCGGCUACUCCUCCAUGGUCAUGGCGCAGCGAUUGCGCGAACUCGGCGGGCGCGGCAGCGUCACCACUUGCGAAGUGGAUGCGGCCAAUGCGUACAUCGCCCGUGGUGUGCUGCAGUUUGCUGGGGUGGAGGGGGAAGUCCAGGUGCGGGUGGGGUGUGCCUGCGACUGGGUGGCCACUGGGCAGCUGGGCACCAUUGACUUCCUGCUCCUGGACCAUCGGGGCACGAUCUACCAUGAGGACCUUCACGCGGCUGAACCUAGCCUGUCCGAGACGGCUAUCGUUUUUGCAGAUAACGUACUGUACCCGGGCGCUCCGUUGUUUUUAAAUUACAUCGACGUCCAGGGCUAUGCCAUAGAAAUCCACGAGCUCAAGGAGUUCAAGCGACCGGACCUGGAUGACUGGGUGGUGAUUUGCAAGCCACCCCCUCCCGAGGAGCGCAAGGAGAUGCUAAA